CCGAAAACGCAUAUGGAAUGGACGAAUCAUCUACUCCUAGAGGCAAUGUAGCAAAAGAACGUGUCGCCGGUGCACGAGGUACCAAAACUCAGCACCGACAGGGGGGUGCAAAUUGGGAGAACAUAACAUCGGUAGUCACCAUCUGCGCUGACGGUACAACACUCAGACCAACAGUAAUUUAUAAGGGUCAGAAAUUGUACACGAGGUGGACCAAGGAUAAUGUUGCAAAUGCAACGUACGUGAAGCCUUUUGCUUUUAUUGAUGCCUCAAUUGAUCGAGUUUGAUCCUGCGACGCGCGACAAGGCUGGUGGCAAGAAGUGUGUUCUCUUGAUGGAUGGCCAUAGCU